AUGAGGACAUCGGCCGCCUUCACCGCCCUCGCGGCCCUGUGCUGCGCAUCGAUCGCCCGCGCCGGCGUCGUCAUCACGCCCGUCUUCGCCGACCAGGUCGUCCAGAAGGCGUCCAACGACUGCUUCUUCGGCGUCACCACGCCCCAGGGCUGCGCGUACGUUUUUGUGGAAUCCCCCUCAUCUAUCUCUCAAGGCAAAAAAGACUCUAUGGCAGAGCUGGGGUGGGCAACUUGGACUAACGCUUUGCAAUCAUCCGUACAGACCGCUCCGUCCCGGCUCGGGCCCGGCAUGAAUGAGAGAGCGCAUGCCAUGAGGAAAAGAGAGAUCAACCAGGAAGUUGUCAAGAGUACUUUUGAGCGAUGA